AUGAUGUUUUCAACAAAGAAUGGGGUGGACUAUGACCAUACUUCAGAGAAAUCUGAGAAAGUUUUGAGAGUUAAGGAACCAGGUGAUGAUUAUGACGAUGAAGGUUUGGAGGACCUCAUUGACAGGAUUGCAAGUCAAGGAGUUGAUUCUGACAAGCCAAAAAAAGAAGAGGAUGAGAAGGAAGCUGGUGUUGGUUCAUCAUCUUCUACACCUGGAUUGCAGGCUGUUCUUGUCAACAAUCAUGGCAUAAUAUUGUGUCGAAGUUUGCAACAAUAUAAUAAGUAUUUGAGUGAUCUGUCUCCUGAGCAGAGGUUGCUGGUUGAUUAUCUAUUUUACAAUGAGUUUGAAGAUGUUGCAUUUAUGUCAUUGGAUAUAGAUUCUGAAGAAAAAAGAAGAAAAACCUGGUUACAAAAAGAUGAUGAUUUAUACUACAAUAAAUGUAAGGAAGCUAUUUCUUCAUGGGUGAAAUCAUUUCCAGGGAAUGAUAUUCGAGAAGCUGAACUGAUUUUUGUUCCUGUUCACAAGGAUGAUCAUUAUACUGUCUUGGUGCUGAACAAGAAAGCUAAAAGGAUUGAAAAUAUUAACAAUCGUACAGACAUGAAGGAUAUUGAUAGAUAUAAGCAUGAGGAAUUUAACGGUCUUACAUACUUUUGUCGUGCUUUUGAUUCUUUUAUGCAAGUUAAUAUGAGAUGUCGUGAUUUUGAUCAUCUCCACCAUUGGCAAACAUCAACUCUUUAUUUCCCUUGGAGAAGCAAGGACAACAAUUUUGAUUGUGGUGUCUAUGCAAUCAAAACCAUGGAGCUGUAUGAUGGUCAAAAUGCUAACCAUUUUGCACUUGUUGACCUGAAAAGGGCAGCCACCAAAAACCUUGAGCGGUGCAGGCUUGCGCUUCGUCUUGUGGACCAUCCUUUAAACAAACUGAGAGAGAAAGUGAAGCAUGACUGUUAUGUUUGGUCUGCAAACAAACUUCAACUGAUGGCAAGACAGAAGUUAAGGAAGGAUAAAGAGGCUGUUCUAGAUAAAUUAGCAUGUAAUCGAUCAAAGAUGACAAAUAGAAAAGAAGCACACAUUUUACGGCGAAGGAGGGAUCAUGAGGCGCAAGUAGAAGAGGUGUUGAAUAAUAAUUUUGGAGACAAAGUGAAAAUAGAGCAACUGUUGAAAUUUCGUUAUUCUUAGUUGCCAAACUGUUUUUUUUUUGUUUUUAUAUUAUAAUGUACAGUAGAAAUAGCACACCAUUAAAUUUUGUAAUGUACAGUAGAAAUAGCACACAACUCAUUUUUAAUUUUUUAUCUUUAUAAUUGUACAUUUACACUUACUUUGAAUGGAAUACAUUUGUGUAAAUGAAGUUGUUUGAAGAUUAAUUGGAAAAAUACAAUCACCAACUGAAAAAUGAAAAAUCUAACUCAUAAUAAUAAGUGUAUGACAUAUAUUUGUAAAUAUAAAUUUUAAGUCUAACUGAAGCACUGUAAAUAGUAGCUGAAA